AUGUCACCAAUUGCUACCACAACGACGUCAGUUGCAAUUAUCACCGGCUUUCUGCCUUCUCCAUCUAAACAUUCCUUGCCGGAGAGAUUGUACCAGAGCCAGUGGCAGUGGUAUCCUCGGUUUCAUCGGAUUCUUUCCUUCCGAGCUUUCUCCUACUACAACUACAAGAGUAACGAUAAAGCGCAAUUUUCUGUGUGUCGCACCUUGCCGUUUGACCUUUCCCCGCCUCCAAUUGAUCACGAUUUUUCUGACGGUACAGCAGCCGAGGUUGGAACUAUUGGAGUUUAUGAUGAUGACGAUGUCGCGCUUGACGCAGCUGAAAAUGGCGCCGCCGUUGUGGAUCUAUCUCAUUGUGGCCGUAUAAGAGUUGCUGGAGAAGAUCGGAUUCAAUUUCUUCACAACCAAAGUACUGCAAAUUUUGAAUCCCUUGCUGAAGGCCAGGGAUGCGACACUGUCUUUGUGACACCAACAGCUCGGACUAUCGAUAUUGCACAUGCAUGGGUCAUGAAAAAUGCAAUUAUGCUGGUGGUUUCACCGGUGACCCGUGAAAGAAUAACCAAAAUGCUUGAGAAGUAUAUAUUUAUAUCUGACAAAGUAGAAAUAAAAGACAUCACAGAGCAGACAUCCAUGUUUGCUUUGGUCGGACCUGCAAGCAACCAAAUAAUCAAGAGAUUUGGCCUCGCUGACCUUCUUGGACAACCUUAUGGCUCCCACAAGCAUUAUAGUGUAGGUGGGAUGCCGUUAACAGUAGCUGUUGGAAGUAUAGUUUCUGAGGAAGGUUUUUUGUUGUUGAUGUCACCAAAUGCUGCUGGAACUGUAUGGAAAGCUCUAACAGCCCAGGGUGCCAUUGCAAUGGGUCCUAGUGCUUGGGAAACAUUCAGGGUUCUUCAAGGAAGACCAGCUCCUGAUAAGGAGCUCACUGAUGAAUUCAACGUUCUUGAGGCUGGUUUGUGGAAUUCAGUUUCUCUAAACAAAGGGUGCUAUAAGGGACAAGAAACCAUUUCCAGACUUGUAACAUAUGAUGGUGUAAAACAAAAGUUGUGGGGUAUACGCCUGUCAUCCCUUGUGGAGGAAGGCAGUGACAUUACUUUUGACGGGAAAAAGGUAGGCAAACUUACGAGUAGUACAGCUGGAAAAAGAGCUUCUGUGCCUUUUGGAUUAGGCUAUAUCAAGAGGAGAGGGGCAUCUAAAGGAGAUACAGUGAUUGUUGGUGGCAAUGUUGUUGGGACAGUGGUAGAAGUUCCCUUUCUUGCUCGACAACGUCCCCUAUCAAAAGAUUCGACAUCUUGA